AGAUCCAUUUGAUGGCAGCGUUCUCACCGCAAACAGUGUGACUUUGAAUCUUCAGAACCAGCAGCGGAAGCACCAGUGGCAGCAGCCACACCAGCAGGACCGGCAGCACUCAAGAAAAUCGCGGCACGAUGGCUGAAGUGCCAUCUCCAACACAGGAAGCAGAGGAUGGCGUGGUGUACGAAGCACAUCACUUUGUGAACCUUUCCGAAGAUCCUAUACCACUGAUACUAGUUUUAUCAGAUGAGGAUGAGGCAACACCUGCACCAGCAGCAGGACCAGACGGUGAAGCCGACAAUCCUCCAAUCAUUGUGGUCUCUUCCGACGACGAUGAAGGAGGACAUUCACCACCAGCAACAUCCCCUGCACCACCACCGGCGGCAGUAGGACCAGUACGAACAGCAGCAGCAGCAGUAGCAGCAGCACGAGCAGCAGCACUUGCACCAGCAGCGGCAAUACCAGCAGCACUUGCACCAGCAGCGGCAAUACCAGCAGCACUUGCACCACCAGCAGCACUUGCACCAGCAGCGGCAAUACCAGCAGCACUUGCACCAGCAGCGGCAAUACCAGCAGCACUGGCAGCAGCACUAGCAGCAGCACGAGAAGCAGUAGCAGAAGCCGCAGCAAUAAAGGAUGCAACAGCAGCAGUAAUAUCAGCAGCAGAAGGACCAUCUGGGUCAGAUUACACGGCCAUGGCGACAUGGCCGUCAGACAACAUGGGUGGCUUCGACCGCGAGGCUUUCAUCACGCCUCCGGCACAAGAGUUCAUGUGCCCAGCAUGCGGAAGGGUUUUACGCCACCCCAUGCUCGUGGUAAGGUGUGGCCAUCAUUUCUGCCACAGCUGCAUCACGGAAGCCCUCAAGCAUAAUGAGCUGUGCCCAUUGGACGGAGGGUGGCUGUCCUGGGGGGAGGCAGAAGAUUUGGUACAGGAUCGAAGCCUGAAGCGCCGUAUAGGGGAGUUAAAUAUUACCUGUGAGAAUAUGGUAGACGGCUGCACGUGGACAGGCCAAUUAUCUUCAUACAAUGCACACGUCACCCGGGACCAUAGUUAAAUGUACAUGUACAACCAUGCAUGCAUAAUACAUUCACCCCACCUUGUUUUUCAACAUGUGUCCGUGUUUUUCAACAUGUGUCCAGGGGAAC